UUUAAGGAAUCCCUUCGCAAAUAAUUUCACAAUAACUACUAGCACAUCAGUUUCAUGGCGAAGUCACAAAAAACAUUGUCUUUGACCAGUUAAUUUGUGUAUGUGUGAGUGUGUGUGGCUUUCAGGACCGACCGACAGACAUUCUGUGUGUGUGUGCAUAAUUUACGUGUGGAGUUACGAAGUAAGCCGGUUUCAAAAAGGUGUUUUUCUAUAUUAUUUACCGAGAUGUGAUGUUAUAAUGACAUGAAGUUUCUUGAGAGUAAAUCAAUAUGGCUCUCAAGCUCGGAAAAUGCAGGCUCUGCCUCAAGCUCGGCGACUUCUACUCCAUAUUUACGGUGGACAAUGCCUUGCAGCUUGCGGAGAUGGCUAUGGAAUGCGCCCGAGUGAAAAUCUACGAUGGAGAUGGGUUGCCAGACAAAGUGUGCUCAGAGUGCAUACAGAAACUUAGCAGCGCAUACAUCUUCAAGCAGCAGUGCGAGCGGGCCGACCAGGAGCUACGACGCAACUAUGUGCCGCCACCAGGGUUUAGUAUCAGCCCUACACCACCAACAAGACAAAGCAGCGAUUCCGCUUUUUCGAAUCAUACCGAUAGCUCCAACCUCACCAAACAAGCGUCUUCCUUCGAAGAAAAAGAAUCUCCUAUCACCAAAACUAGGAAGCGCAGCAUUGACAGCGGCGACAAUGGUUCAGUUGACACAUCCAGCGACUAUCGACCGAGCGGCUCCAAACGUGUUGAGGAAUUGAGGAGGUCCCAGAAACGACCAAAGAUGCAGUCCAGCAACACGUCGCAAGCGGACUCGGACUACGAAGACAACAGCGCCUCAUACAUGGCAGAAACUGACUCCGACGAACCCCUCAUCAACAACAACUUUAAUUGCAAAAGAUGUCCUAGACAAUUUACCAGCCGAAGGAGUCUCGCCAACCACGUCAGAAUUCACGAAAAGAAAGACGGUCUCGAGGACAAUAUCGUGGUCGAAAUACCGCAGAAGGUAGAAGAUGCGCCCGACUCAGAGGAGAAACUAAGCUGUAACAAAUGUGGAAAGACCUUCAAAUUGAAAAUUAUGCUGAAUAGGCAUUUCGAUGGAUGUGGUAAAAUUCCCGCCAAGUCACCACAGAAAGAGCUGCUCGUUUCCUUAGAACCUAUAGAUGGAAUGGCGAACCGCAAUAUCACGUGCGAAAUAUGCACCGCUAAGUUCAAAACAGUCGAUAAUUUGGAAAAGCACAUGAAAGUUGUACAUGCCGCAGUUUUGAAACGGGAAAAACGUGAGAAUCCGAAGGUUCCAGUUCCAUGCCUCUACUGCCAAAAGAUGUUCGAUGACUAUUACGCUCAUAGCUUGCAUUUCAACGAUUGUCCGCAAAAGGACGAAUCUUUACCAUACGAAUGUCCAGUUUGUAAAAAGAUUACUUCGAGAAAAACAUCAUAUUUCCAGCACCUGAAGAACAUGCACUUUGAACCACGUUCCUACCUUCUAAACACUUCCGUGGAGGCGGAGCCUGAGCCUUACCAUGAAUGUAGGAUGUGCAACAAAAAACUUCCUUCACAAGAUUUGUUGAUCAAGCAUUUAGCGGCACACAUGUCGAAUAUUGAAGACAACGAUAUCGGCGCUGAUAACGAGUCCCGUACCAGCACAAUUGAUGAUUCUGCAUCAAUCCAAUCGAUACAAAGCAAUACUCCGGGAUGUGUAAAAUGUUCGAGAUGUGAUAAAGAAUUCAAAUACAAGAAAGCUCUUCAAACUCACGAAAUGAAAUGUACAGAGGUGCCGAUCGAAGUGAAGACCGAGCCCCCCGACAAGCCGUCGACGAGCCUGCUGAGCGAGACCACGUCGCGCUGGAAGUCCGAGUCCGAGUCCAGCCAGGACGAGGACGACAACACGUGCGACAUCUGCGAGAAGCAGUUCUCGUACCGCCGCCUGCUGCUGCACCAUAAGAAGACCAAGCACAACAUGAGCUCCGGACACAAACGCGCCAAGAUCUACCUCAAGGACUGCAAGGUCCGCUGCAUGAUCUGCGACCUCGAAAUGAAAGUCGGCGAUAUAAACGAACACAACCAAACGCACAUAUCUAAAAACAUGAAACCCCGUAAUCUCUAUACGUGCGCUGAAUGCGAGGAUACCUUCAAAAGCUGUUCAGCGCUCGCUAACCAUAUAAAACUGAUACACAGGCUAAACCAGAAGAAGCUUGAGGUUGGCGUCAACCCGUCGGAUUUUUGUGAAGUCGUUGUGACAAAGGCGGAACCCCUGGACUGGAUCCAGAGUCACAACGACUUUGGAGAGGUUCCGGGUGCGGAGACCAAGCCACUCGUAGACCUGAGCGGCUUCACAUGCCCCAUCUGUGCCAAGAAGAUGCCAACACUCAUAUCUUUGAAGCGACACGUCAACUGGCAUUCAAAUGUUGGAAAUAGUAUCGAAAAGAAAUAUGAGUGCCCUGUCUGCAAUGAGUCAUUUAGAUUCCAGUGCCACUACAAGAUCCACAUGCGGCAGCACUACCACGACACGUCGCUGGACCCGAAGCACCUGACGUGCGGCGUCUGCGGCCGCGUCAGCAAGCACCUCCGCGCCGCGCAGGCGCACAUGAACUUCCACAAGCAGACGCGCUUCCAGAACAAGGACUACCAGUGCUCCAUCUGCGAGCGGGUGUUCCAGCACAGGAAGGUGUACCUCUCGCACAUGGCCAUCCACUACAAGAAGGGGGACGUCGUCCACAACACCAUCGUGGGCGACGUCUUGCCAAACACGGCCGACAGAAACGUGUUCGACGGCACCCACACCUGCCAUCACUGCGGUAAAAUCUGCGAUUCAGAAACCUCUCUAAAACAUCAUUUAAUUUGGCACACGUCCAAGACUUUCUUGUACGGCGCACGACACGAGUGCACUAUAUGUAAAGUCAAGUUCACAAACAAAAAAAGACUAGAGCUUCACAUCAGAUCCCAUUACGAAGAUGAGAACGGACCCUACAAAUGCACCAUCUGUGGUAAAGGGUACACAGACGAAGGCUACUUCCAAAGGCACGUCAAAGGACACAACUUUGAUCACCAAUCUCACAAAAAACGAAUAGAAAAUUUUAGAAAGGAUAAAGUCAAGUGUCCAAUAUGCUCUCGGUUUUAUCCUGACUUAGUUAAGCUUAUUCGUCAUUUGCGGAGGACACAUCCCGAGAGUAAGAUGAUCAAGAGUGACCCAGACGCGCCGCCUCAGACAUACUUUUCGUGUAAAUUAUGCGCCAAAGUGUUCCUCGAUGAGCGUAGGCUACAACACCAUGAGGAAGCUCACCUUAGGAAGCCAGAAUUCUUUAAAUGUAAAUUUUGUGGAAAGAAAACUAUAUCUCUUAAGAAUCAUAGACUUCACAUAAAGAGCCAUCUGACGCAGAAGCAUUUGGACAAUCCCCUCAAGUGUCCUCACUGCGAGGAUACCUUCGUGAAAGGCUACGACCUGCACCAUCACCUGCGCGACGCGCACGACAUCAACGAGACGUGGAUCGCUGAACGCACCGAACAAACCCUCAAUGGGCCGCUCAAAGACCUGCAGUGCUCUAUAUGUAUGAAAGUUCUUGCGAGCAAAGGUAACUUCGAGCGACACAUCGACUAUCACAACUCGUUGAGGUGCAACUACUGCUUUGAUUACUUUAGCUCACUUCGAUUUCUGGAAGGUCAUCUAACCUUUUCGUGUGAAAAGAAAAAACUUCUCGGAGACACCGAAGUUUAUCCCAAGAAAGUGAAAUGCGACAUAUGUUACAAAGCAUUCCACGUUCAAGUCAAACUGGACUGUCACUUGCGCACGCAACAUGGAAUCAAGGUAAACAGAGAAGCGUCCGCAGGAAAACAAGAGUUCGUCUGCGAUUAUUGCUUUAGAGUCUUCGAGAAUGAGUACGCGUUGACUACUCACAAAAUUUACCAUCGUACUGUCGGCUACUAUGGAUGCAUUUACUGUAAUAGAAAGUUUAAUACUUUGACAGUCUACAGAAAACACAAAAACCACCAUUUAUCACAGCUUAAUGUGGAUAACCCUACUAAAUGCGAACACUGCGACGAAACGUUCGUAGCGUUUAGAGAAAUGAUAUACCAUAUGAGAGAUGUGCAUGGUGAUGACAAGGAGUGGGUCACGGAGCCGAAGGAGUCCAUCGAGGAGACCUGCCCCAUCUGUCACAAAGUGUUCUACAACCUGCACAAACAUCUGAGCUACCACGAGGAGAACAAGUGCAAGAAGUGUGGUGAGUACUUCUACUCCAUGAUAGACUUCGAUAAUCAUCUGUGCACCAUCGAAAGCGAUGAUGAGGGCAUGCCACACGCGGGUACAGAUGAUGCCGCCAAAUAUGAAGAGUGCAAGUUCUGCUUCAAACCUAUUACAAAGAAGAACUCCAAAAUCAAACAUGAUAAAAUACAUAGGGGCUCUGGAUCCAUUUCCUGUAGAUUCUGCAAACUUAAGUUUAAGACUAUGGAUGCGUUCAAUAUACACGCUUUUUCACACCGAAGUAGGAAAUACAAUAAACAACCCAUCAAAUGUAGGAAAUGUAAUGAAAAAUUCGUUAAAUAUGGACCAUUUAUGAAGCACAUGAAAACGGUUCAUAAAUGCAUGAAAAAAAUGCACUACAGGGCCAUCGUGAAACCAGAGAAAUGUAUCGUUUGCGGAGACGACUUCCCGAACCUCCACAACCAUUACCGUGCUCAUUUGUUGAACCAGUGCCAGGCUUGCCGCAAGUAUUUUACGUCUUAUAAAUUAUUCACUUGGCACGAAUGUGAUAAAGAAGACGCGGACCCAUCGAAAGUGUUCACGUGUGACGCGAACUUGAACGAACUAAUAAACACGUACGUUCCAAAAGAUGAGAAGGACGACGAGAAGUACUACGGACACAGUGAGGGGGAGGAGGACGAGGACUACGUGGACCCGCAGGUGUUCGCUGACGAGGAGAGCCAGGACAGCAAGGACAGCAAGUCGCUGCACAUGAUGGUGCAGUCGCCGAUCAUAUCUGACGUGCUGUCGUUGUACAAGCCGGAAACCAACGGUGACGUCGACGACGACGUGGUCAACAUCACCGAUGAUGACUCCGUUGACAUUGAGCACGCUCCACCGGUCGUAGUCAUCGAUGAUGAUUAGAGUGCUGUUGUUUGAAGUGUAGCGCACAAAUUUCCCACCUAGUGUGUUUGUUUUGUAAUGAUUAACAACCAGUUUAAAGUGUCAGUUAUUUUCAGAGUCGUCCAUAUUGUCGAAUGCAUUAAGUAAUAGUACUGCCAUUACUUCUACAUAAAAAUCUCUACUGUUAUAAGAUAAAUGUCCUAGUUCCUUACAGUAACGUGAAAAUUUUAAAGAAAGUAAAGUAAUAAAUACCAUUUAAUAAUCCAAAUCAGAAAAAUUCCUUUCCGAAGAUAAAUGCACCAACUAUUCAAUCUAAACAUCUACAUCAAUUGAAUACGCUCCUUAUUGCUUUGAGUUAACAUUUUAAUUGAAUUUAAAAAAGCCUUUUAAAGUGGAAAAACUAAAAAUGCUAUAUUUAUACGUAUUCAAAAUUAAAGCCGCGUGCAUUCGGAAUAACAUUUUAUCUUUGGAAUACAAAUCAAUUCGAUAGAUGAGGUUAAAUUCAACCUAAUUCACAAUUGGGGUUAUAAUUAUGACAAUUUAUAUGUUUGGUACCUCGUGUAUCGUACUUUAUAUAAGAUUUUAUAAGCAUAAGCCGUAUAAAAUUUUUAAGAUAUGUUUUUUGCAAAAGCUAAUUUUGUAAAAUAUAUUAGAUAAAAAGCAUUUUCUCAAAGACUUUUUAAAAUAAAAUUUAUGUUAAACUGUUUUAUUUUCACUACUAGUGUGUGAUUUGCAAGUUUAAGAUAACCUGUGCUAUAAAAGUGAUAGUGUGCGAUAGAUUUUAUUUAGUUUUUAAUAAACCCUUACAGAUAGUUCAACUCACUUGUGCGAGCGACGCUAUGUGUGCGUGUAAUAGACAGCGAUUGUUUAUUAUUGAAGCUUUCAUUUGUGUGAUAUUGUCACCCACAUGAAAGUUAUGUUAGUAGGUACACAAAAUGCCUUUAUAAUUUUUCAUGUGUUGUUUACACACAUAAUAUAUACGAGGGUUACCCACACAUGACUGCGUGCGCAAAGAUGAGUUGAAUUGACUAUACUAACAUUAUGUUGAGAAACCGUGCGGCUGUGGCGACACUAACAUUCAUUACUUUUGUAAUUAUAAUUUGUUUGUUAAUUACAGAAUUAGAAAUAGUAUAUGAUUUGUAAGGUUAUAUACAUAAUAUAAUUAAUUAAUGCUAGAUCGAAAUUAUGUAAUCUCGUAACGUGUUAAAUAUUAUUUAUUAAUAUGCGAUAUACCAAUGACUUGUUACUUCAAUUUUUGGGCAAAGAAAUUAUGGUUACAGCAUUUUCCAAUAUUGUUUAAUCAAGAAUUUUAUCAUAAUUAUAAUAUUAAAGUCAAAAGGUGAAAACAUAGUCAUAUAUUAGAAAUUAAUAAAAAUAUUAGGGCAUUAUAUUCUGAGAAGUAACGGCCGUGGAAACUUAAAAUUUUUAAAGCAAUGGUUGAGUCGUAUCAGAUAAAGGUGCCAUCUAAAAUAAAUAUAUCCUUUCAACCAACAAAAUUAUGUAGAAACAGUGUACAGAUAGGCAGUAGGUUUUGCGAGUCUCAUUAACAUGUACUUUAGAAGAUACUUAUUAAGAUUUGUAUGUAUUGUACAGUUGCGGUUUUCGAUAAUAGAGAUCAAAAUACGAGUAUUUAAUGGGUUGCAUUUUGCUUUAAAUCGCUGAGAGAGUGACAGCAUUAUCUAAAACAAUAUGCAGCUAGCUUUUGUUCUCACUCUUUCCGCCAUUUUUAUGCAUGCCCAAUAAGUUGAAUAGUGCUAUCUAACGUUAUAGAAAGUUGUCUAGUGAUUCGCCUUGCAGUAUGGACCAGACUUUAGUGAAUGCGUUUUUAGGCCACUAUCUCACUGGCGUUUUACGAGAUCUCGCACUUGACCAGCGUCUGUGCAGCGCCAACAUUGCGUGGAUGAAACGUUAAGGUCGCAUGUUAAAUGUGUUACUUUCGAACAGUUAACAGCUACAAUUACUUUCCUACCUAGCGUGUCAAAGUGGGACGUAACUCUACGUAACGUUGGCUUACCAAUAGAAACUCUUUACAUUAACACUACAUCAGCGCAACGUUGAUGCUACGCAGACUUAGAGAAGCGCCAGCGCUCGUCAAACUGCCGCGGGGCGGUCUGCUACGUCAUUUUGCCCUUAGCAGCUAAACAAAUACGAAUUAUAACAAGCUUAAAAAAUAGUAUUCAUUCACUAACACCAAUUUAGCAAUAAAUAGAAGUUUUUGUAUUAUUCAGAAUAAAGUUUUCCUUUAGGAACUUUUAGAAACAUAUUUUGUCAUUUUUCUAAUUUGUAUUAGCCAACGGGACGGAUGUAUUUUAAGUAGUUGUAAGAUUAGGCGCUGUACUUACUGACGACUGGCGACUGUCACGUUGGAGACAAAUAUUACGUUUUGAUGGUAUGUAACGUAUAAUUGUUACUCAAAUCUUGAUAGCGAACGCGCGAACUGAUAAUGGUUUGUCCUCCGUGGCAGUCUUCGGAAGUCCGUAUGACUACAGCAUUACUUUAAGAUUGUUAUUAAGUUCAGUCAGCGUGUUAAAAUGUCUAGACUAUAAGUGAAAUAGUGAAUAUUCCAAUUAUUUUGAAGAAGUUACUUUUAUUUGCGGUUAUUCUUUUUUAAUUAUUUUUAUUCUCUUUCUCAACGUAUUGUUUUCUUGUCUAUGUGUAGAUUGUUGAUUGAUGAUGGACGAAAUAAAAUGGUCAUUGAAAUAA